CGGGGGCCAAACCGGCAACAUGGAAUUAUUAUUUUAACAUAAAAUCUGAACUUUGUUUUUGUAGGUGAGUUGAUGAAAUGAUGAAGCGACUACUUCCCAAUUUCUGCGAACAUUUCUUAACUGGUUUUCUCCCCUGUUGUCCACUCAUCUCUCAAUUAUUUUCUCUCUCCUCAAUUCUCAGACCUCACGUUCUCAUCUCCCAAACCUUCAAAACCUAGAUCUCAAUUCUCUUCACUCGUCGCUCUUUCCUUUGUCGCCGACACUUCACCGAAUCAACGGUGGUAGCAGAAUUUGGAGAUGAUAUACUGAACUUAAGAACUGUUUUUGUUUUGAAGAAUGGUGGAGGGAAGUGAGAAAGGAGGUGAAGUUGUGGAGGUGGAUAUCACUGUAAAUGCGGAUAGGGAUGCUGAUUCUAGUAAUAAUCAUUCUGUUGGAGUAAAAAUGGAACAUUCCGAGCCGCUUGAUCCGGUUACGGAUACAAAUACGAAUACAGAGGCAGCUCCUCCUUUAGAUGGCGUUAUACCCCCUGCUACUAGGUCCCCUUACUCCUCGACGCCAACCAAGGGGUUUGGGUUGAAGAAGUGGCGAAGAAUUAGAAGAAAAGAUCGUGUCACACCGGAAACCGAAACUGAAUUGGAAAUUGAAACGGAAAAAGAUAUGGACAGGCAAAAGGAAAAGGAUUCUGAUUCUGAGUCCACUGGUAGAAUGUUGAAGAGAGGGUCUUCCAACAUAUUGAAUGAGAAUAAUGCUUCUCCAACCUUACCUAUGACUGCUACCGUUGCCACCACUACUACCCCUACUGCUUUUGUGCUUCCUUUUCCUGUGACUACUAAUUACAGCAAUGGUUUAGCUGAUCUUGACAGCAAUCCCAAUGCCACAUUUAAUUCUGAUAACAGUGAGGAUAAUCACAGCCACAGCCACAGCCAAAGGAGUAACAGCAAGUCAUCAACUGCAGCCAGUGUUCCCAAGCAUGCAAAGCACAGGGUCAAAAAUACUGGUGCAAAGAACAUGAAUCAGCGGAUCCAAUCGGGUAAAUCUCAGCCUCAACCUGAUCCAAGCAAGAAACCCAGAGGUGGGAAUGGGAGCGUUUUCUUCGAAUUGGACAAGGAAAGCUCUCCCCUUUCUAGCAUGGAAUCUGAUUCCAGAAGCUCUAAUUCUGUCCUUUUUCGCGUUUUAUCUGAUCAAGUACCGACUCCAAACCCCUUAAGUUUUGAUGAAGAAGAUGACGAAGAAGAUGCUUGCCAUCCACUGCCUCCGUCACCACCAUGUGAACAGCAGCCUGCUGAACAAAGUCCCGUUUCUCCUACUAGGAACAGAAGUCUUUCUCCAGACUCUUCAGAUCAAUUGUCUUCCAGUGCUAAUCAGGUAAAAAGUAAGGACCAUCAGCUUCCCGCUGACCGCGAUCCUCUCGUUGACUCUAUCUUGAGUCUCCAAUCUGCGCAACUUGCUCUUCAAAAAGAAGUUCAGAAGUUUGAGGAGAUAGGCAGGGGCAUCUAUUCUUUGUGUGAUGACUCAGAAAAGACUAGUGGUGAUCCUGGAUAUAAAACAGAUCAUGGUUCUGAUGGCUGGAACGAGUUUACUCAAGCCUACUUGAUCAAGUAUCAAAGACAGCUGAAUGAAGCUGAAGGUAGCCUCGGAGAGAAGGAAGAGAGGAUUGUGGAACUUGAAACAACUAUUAGAAGUAUGGAGUCAACACAAGAUCAUGUAAGGAGGGCCAUGGAGCAGCAAUACAAAAGAUGCAUAGAUAUGGAAGCCGAGCUGCAGGACCUCUUUAAGCAAAAGCUUGAAGCUGACAUUCAGUCUGUUGUGAUGACAAUAUGUACUAAGGACUUGAUGGUAAAAGAUCAAAUCAAAUUUUCAAUGGAGCAAAGAUCUGUAUAUAGCGAUCAAGCAAAUUCCACAAGAAUGGGGGUGGAUGUAGAAAAUGAGGCUAUUAGGACACAAGGGAUGAUUCAGAAUCCGGACACAUUGGAUACCAAUACCAGUGUCGUGGGAGAUGAAGAACUUCUGAAGAUGCAGAGAGGGGUAGUUAAAUUUACCAAGUGCCUUAUCAUACAGUUGGUUUUGCUGGUCUUAGUUUUCGCUGUGUUUGUCUUGCAGUUAGUACCUAAAUCAGCGGUGGUUAUACCCACCUAAAAUGUACUAUAUGUACCAUGUUCAGAGGAGGCCAAGAGUCGAGACAACCCAACGAGCAUCCGGGACUUCAAUUGAUGUAACAGAAGGCUCAAAAAACUGAAAUCUAGGUCUUGCCAGGAAUAUGGGCUCUAUAUUCAGAAAAGAGUGCUACAGACAUCAGAUACAAGCUAAGGUCACCUUCUCUAACAACUGAAGCUUUACUCAAUGUAGAAUCUGUGUGAUUUCCUUCCAACAAGUACCUUUUGGUGUUUGUCUUCCAACACUCACUGAUACUACUAUGGGUUAUCCGCAAAUAGUUGUCACGUUUCUUAAGAGGGUGUAUAAUAUUUAUUCGUUUGUGUUUUUCAUCUUCAUCAAUUGUAUUAUUUGUUUGACCCUCUUCAUCGUGUGUAAGAGCAACAUAGCAUAGACGUUUGUAGUCACGGUACAGAUAUAGAGUAAUCAAGGAAUUUAUACAUGAAUGGGAACUAUUACGACUA